AUGUACGGAGGUUUACUGGAACGUAUGAACAUGGUGAAUAUGGUUUUUAGGACAGAUCAGUGGUUUAAAAUUCUACUUUUAUGUUUACUGACUUGUAAAACUGGUGGGGUAUACAUUACAACCAACGAAUCGACCCAGGUCUAUGGCGUUGUUGAAUCAUGGCAUAAACCUAAUAUCAUGAACUACACUAUUGACAUAAAUAGGUAUAACCUGGACCUUAGUGGAAUAACAUCGUUACUGUUUAAAAUAAAGGCAUGCGACAGUGCACAUGUCCUUCUGUCUACUUCUGAUGUCAGAAAUUCGUCAAAACCAUUGUAUGAGAUUAUCAUGGGAUAUUUCAGUGACUCUUCGUAUAUUAUCUACCGUGCCGGAAGUACUCAUGACACAUGGUUUUCUAUUCCGAAUAUACUGAACUGCACUGUGUAUCUACCAUUCUGGAUUAGUUGGGCGAGUGGAGACAUUAAAUUAGGAACUGGGGUUGUCGUUGGUGAAAAUAUUUUGGGAAAUUUCAAAAAUACAACUCAUUUUGAAGUGAGAAGUAUUGGAGUAUUUACAGACCGUGGAACAUUAGGAAAUUGGACAAUAAGAGUUGAAGUUUCAGACAAAUUUGCUGGAUAUUUUGACAGCUGUAGUAUGAGUAAUACCAAGUCUGACGUGGUUGUAGUUGAUGACAUUAAAUGUUCAGGAAUCAGGUGUGCUACGAGCUGUGGAAUGUCGCAGACUUGUAUGGGUUUUAAUUUCAACAGUGUCAUGAACAGAUGUGAACUACUCUCGUUUGGAUCAAAUGAUGUAACAGACAUACCACACCACACUGAAGCUGAUUGGAGGUUUUAUAGUAAAUGUUACAAUGGGAAAACUGCUUGUCUUGGAUGCUAUUGACAGUAAACAGUUUUUGAUAAGGAUACCAUUUGCAAUUGUUUAUUUAAGGAAUGACUGUAAUAUUUUUUUCUGUCUUUAAAGAAAUAACAUAAAAAAUGUGGUGCACACUGAAUAACCCGCGUAAUGGGUUAUUUAAAAGUGUGCACCACGUUUUGUAGAUUAUUUCAAAUAGACAGAAAAAAUGUUACAGUCAAUCCUUAUAAUUCAGUUCUAAAUUCCAUUUUUAAGGAGUAAAUCAUGAAAAAAAUUGAUGACGUCAUUGUCCCAUGACAACGUUAUGUCUAUGAGCUGAUAGACAAAAAACUUUCAGCCAAUCAGAAGACGUGUAACACCCAAAACUAAACUAUAUUUUUUUAGAUUUUAAAUCUUUUUAAAAAUUCCAUACACUUAUUGAGUUGAUAUUUGUCUUAUACAGACAACUGUAAAUUAACGAUUCUCUAGUUUCCUGAGUCCAUUACGAAAAUACCAAUCAAGGUAAAAAACAAAAGCUGAGGGAAUCGCAAGAAUCCAAAACAAGACCAAAUGCUUUGACAUGGUAAGGAUCUCCUGCUACGUCUCUCCUUAAAUCAUUGCUGCAGAAAGUAAUGUUAAUGAAGCCUGCAUAAUGUGAAUAUCCAUGAUUGUAGCUUAUUUCAAUUGAGAUAUGUAAACACCAUACGAUGAAGCAGUAUGUAAGUUUCUGUUAGGGAAUGGGAAGUUAACAAUAGGUAAGCUGAAAUCAUCUUGUCAUAGAUCUUAUUUUGAACUUGUCCUUCUAUGUCAAUAUCAAGAAAAAGAUCCAAACCUUCUAGUCUGAGUAGUAUCCUUAAUUUCAACUUCAUAGGGAUUUGUGAAAUGCAAUAACAAACUAUUAUAUAGGUUAUUGAGUGACAGAACAUGAUCAAUAUAUCCUUAAGUGUUAUUUAAAGAACUAGAAAAUAUGUUUUUCUUUCUUUCUUUUUUUUUAUUAUAUAUGAAUUCUGUUUCACAUAAGAAAAAAAACAAGCCGACUGGUAGUGGUGUACAAUGAUGAUAAGUACCCUUUGUAAUAACGACUUUUUAUGAAAAAUCAAUCAAUCAAAGUUGUCAAUUAAAAAAUCUACGAAAAUAUUGGUUUCGGCUCUCGUUUUAUGUUUUCUUGUAAGAAUCAGUUUUGUAAUUGAACUAAUUAUUAUAGAAAUACUUUCAUAUUUUUCUAUUUUUUUUUACAUAGUUGAAUAGAUAAAUGUGUAUAAUUAAUUCUUAUAUUGUGGUUAAAAAUUACUUUUGACACAAAAUUCUAAAAGGACCUUGAACUUGAUUAAGCACAUGUAUCAUUACGUUUAUAAUUAUUAAUUAUCAUUGAUGCGUCAUAGGACGAAAAUUUUCCAAACUUAAUUAUACAAUGUGUUGGUGAAAGAUGUUUAAGUAAAGAAUAAAUUUGAAUUCGUUCUUUUGGUCGAUUUUUUUUCUCCCUUGUAUUUUCUGUUUUGAUUCUUUUAUUGUUUAUUUCUGUUUAAUUCUUGUUUUUUGGGGUUUUCGUGGAAGAAAUUAUCUCUAAUAAGUAGCAUAUAGUUUUGUUGUCGGUUUGUUUAUGAUAUAUAUUGGGCUAAUUUUUUGGAAAGCAAAAUAAUUUUAUCCAUACCAAAAUGAAAAUUUUUUUGUUGUAAGAUUAAAAUCGGUACUUUUUUUCGUUUUCAAUUUCAGCAAAAUUGCAUAAUUGUCAUGAUUGUGAUUAUAAUAUAUAGCAUUGUAACAUCUAAAUUAAAUUUUAUAAAAUUAUCAAUUUAUAUCAUGCAUAUUUGAAAAUAUAGCUUUUACCGAAUAUUCAUCCUUCAAUGUUCAAGACGAAGUUUAUGAUUCCUUAUCUAUUAAAAAAAUAAAAAGAUGUGCAAAUGAGACAACUCUCUCCCAGAGACCACAUGACGUAGAAUACUUAGCAAUAAUAACAAUUUUUGAAUUUCUUCGAGAAAGCUUCAAAAGAAAUUUUCAAACGUGGGUCAAGGUAAAAACUUCAGGUUUUGAUCUCCGAUAAAUACCUCGGAAUCGUUACAUAGCAGCUGCCUUGAACUUUUUUUUAUUGCCCAAUGUCCAUAUUAAGUCUUCAGAAUCAGACCUGCUGCUUAGUACAUAUACAGGUUGCAUUUACAAUGCCUGUUUCUUUUAGUAUUUGUAACAAAUAAAACAAGUUGCGCCUUUAUGACAUAUGUAAUCUAGUUUUGACGUAGUUUUUUUAUUUUUUUUUUUUUUUUUUGUGGUUCGUCCUUUUUGUGAAUUCAAGUACAUGCUUUUUUGAUAAAGAACUAAUAUCAAAAUACUUUUUUAUUGUCCUAUUGCAAUGCAUUUUGUAUGAAAGACGUUUUACAGCAAAUGUUUGGCAUUUGACUAUAGAAAGUACCUACAGUAUGCUCUUAUCUCCGACGAUUUGUUUCUUUUAUUUGUAUGAGGGAUUACAUAUAUCUGUGAAUUUGCUUUACCUUUUUUUUCAUUAUUUAUGAUGUAUCAUUCCAGUGACAUAUGCAUACUAAAUGCAUAUCUCUCAGAUCAUGAUAUACUCCACACAUAAUUCAUAGUUGAAAAUUAUCAGACUCCAUUCUAAAUUGGCUGAACGUUAAGUAAAGUCUGUCCCAUAGAUGGCCAUGUGUAUGUUAUCCCUUAUCGUAACUACAUUACCGUCUUCCUUUUCUCAUCUCCGUAUCACAAAUGAUAGUUACUAUCGACCUACUUUAUUUGAUCCACGUGAUUUGUGGUAUUCCAUGAGAAGAAGGUGGUUUUUCUUGGGAAACACCUUCUGACUUUGUUCUAAAUAUUAAUGUUGUUUUUUUCCGCCACUUUUUUGCUGAAAUGUUGCUUAAGUUUCGCAAAAUGUCGACAAGGUAUUAGACUUUUGAAACUCAACCUUUUCAACAGGACAUUUUUUUUUCCAUAUGGGAGUUAUCUCCCAGUAAAGUAUUUUCGCUUCUCCUCAAAAAGCGUUAAUCAUACCGCUUGAAGUUUACUCCAGAAUGUUCAUUACUUCCUCAUUAUGAGUCCCCUUAUAGUGAUUGACAUGAGUGGUAUGUUGGUGUACCUCAUAAACCGUAAGUCAUAGAGCCGUAGAGGUUUGAAUAAGAUGUUCGUUCUUCUUCGGCAGGAAAUUUUUUUGAGUCAAGCUCGUUCACCAAAUUUUUAACUUUGCUUGUUAUCACAACUCCCAAGAAACAGUAAAAGGUAUCGACAUAAUGUUUUUGUAAGUUGAGACAUGAUGUAACGCAAAUAAAUUGUAUCGAACGGCUCUGUUGACUUUUUAUAGUUUCCUCCCUUAAAAAUUUAAAAUAAGCUAUUUGGAAGAAUAACUUCUUGACCAUACUUAUUAUAGACCUUGGGUCUUCUGAUUUGAGAUCCAUUGAGGUCAAGGUCAAAUGUUAAUUUGACGUUCUAGAUUUUGACAUUUGCUAUAACUUUAUACUUGCAUUAUAUAAAGCCGUAAUGUCCACUAGAAGAGACCUUGUGUGAACCGUAAGUAGCCAUGAUUGCACUAAUUUUCAUGUAAAAGUAUUUAGAAAACAUAUAUUGUAAGAUUCAAUGUGAAGACACAUAUCAUUUAAAAACUGAAGUGACAAUUCGUUAAUUCGAAAUAGCAAAUUAUCUCCCUUUUUAAGCAAAAGUAUAGAGAAACAUUAUAUUUUCGAAUUAGUGUAAUGAAUUUACUAUUUUAAACCGAUGAUAGCUGAUCAACUCCCUUAUUUCAAAGAAAAGAACUGAAUAUUUUUGGAAUCUGUGCAAGAUAAGUUAUCGUCUGACACCUUUUUUUUUUGGUUUGUUUACGACGGUUGUUUUUUUGUGAUUCAAGAAGUUUUUGCAUAUCUGUAUAAAAGUUUAUUUAAACAUUAAUUAUCAACAUGUGAUAUGGAAAGAUCUUUGAAUAUUUAUCGAACUUUUUUGUGUUGAUAUCCAAAAAUCGGAAACGUGCAGCUAUUUUAUCGUCUCCGAUGAAAAACCCGUUCAAUACAUUUCUAUCUAUAAUGAGUCGAACAUAUUUGAUGAGAAAGCUUGGUUGAUCGAUGAGAUUCUGUCGUCCUCUCACAAAAAGAAUUACGUAAAUUAACUUCAAUGUGUCAAAGUCCGCGUUAAAUAAAAAAAAAACUUAGAUUUUAAACAUGACGUUAUAUAAAACUUAACUUAAUCAAUAACACGUCUCCUGGUUUUUAUUUUAAAAAUUCAAACUGGAUGAAUUCAUUUUUUACGCACCGAAAAGACCUACUUAACACUACCGACAUGCCAAUCGUUGUGUUUGUAUAGCGUCUAGAUGAUUUAUUACAACUAUAGUUAGUAUAAAGAGAAAAAUUGCGUCUUUCGAAGUAACUGUGACUGAAAUCAAACUGAACGAAUGAAAUUACCCAAACUAAGGUCUUCUAUUAAAAAUGAUAAGAUCAUUUUCAUGUUCAUGAAGGAAAUCUAAAAAAGAUAAACCUUGUAUUAACAAUGUUCGUAGAAGCUCAGAAGUAUAUUCAUUUCCCACGACGUGUUUCGUUCAACAAAACAUAGCACUCUACAGUAUGAUGUACUUUUUUCUCCGUCACAUUUCAUGAAAUGAAUGAAUUUUUCAAUAUUAUUCGAGCACAUGAAAUAUAAUUUAAAAAACGUUUCAACAUAAGCAAACUAAGUUGACAUGACAAGAUUCAAUAUAGUAACGGGGGAGGCGAUGUAUCUUGAAUCGUUUAAUAUAUGGAAUGUCGGAUAAGUCGAACAAUUAUGUAAGGUUCCUUUGAAUUCGACUUUUCGGGAUUUUACUGUAGUAUUUUGUUUUGUCAUUUGUAGUUCUAAUGCUGAUAUAUUUGUACUGCUGCUUCUGUAACCUCAUUUUUUAACCAUUGUUGAAUUUUUGAAAAUGUCGAUAAGACUUCAUUAUAUGUUAACCUGCAAAUGAAAACAACACUUAAUAAAAGUUGUGCAUCCCAAGACCUUUUCUUGAUUAACUUUCAUUCGGAACGAUCGAAUAAAAAACUUAUAAAACUGCAAAAUAUCAAAUGAAAAUUUUGGUCAGACAAAUGUUUAUCAACUCUCAAGGUAAAAACCUAGAAUAAAAACGUGGAAAUUUAAUUUUUGUUUGUUUUAUAUUAUGUAGAAAAGUUCUUAUAUAUUUUAUUAAGAAUUGUUUUAAUGGCUUACUAUAUUACAAAUAACUGAAUUUAUACAACUAAGAGAAAACAAUUCUGGUAAUAAAUGUUUUCAAUUUUUGAAUGAAAAAGUUCUAUCGUAGGUAAAAAAGAUUUUGGUAGGACAGAAAAGUUCAAGCUUUAAUGAACUUCGUAUGUUUUACAAACAAAACAUUUAAAUAAUUGACAUGUUAUAAGCUUUCAACCAUUUUAUAUUGUGAAUCUUUAAAAUAAAUUGUAUAGUUGUUUAUUACUGUAUAAUUCUAAAUAAGUAUAUGUUACUAAUCAUCUCCCAAUAUGUGUUAAUGUUAGCUUUAUAUGAUACUUUUCUUCAUGAAUAAGUAAUUUUGCAUUAAUGUUUUUAGAUGUUAUUUGUGCUAAUAAAUGAAAUUUUGUUUUAAA